GCCGGACUUCAGCUUGCGGUCACCUCUUCUCCAGAGUUUAGCCGAGACGGGGACCGCCCUCGGGGACAGCCUCGCCUACAACCACUGGCCAGAUGGAGCCCAGCACCUCAACUAGAAGGCUUUUCACCAUCGAUGACUUUGAAAUCGGGCGUCCUCUGGGCAAGGGGAAAUUUGGCAACGUGUACCUGGCUCGGCUCAAGGAAAACCAUUUCAUUGUGGUCCUGAAGGUCCUCUUCAAGUCCCAGAUAGAGAAGGAGGGAUUGGAGCACCAGCUUCAAAGGGAAGUGGAGAUCCAGGCGCACCUACAACAUCCGAAUAUCCUACGCCUGUACAACUACUUCCACGAUGCUCACCGGGUGUACUUAAUUCUGGAAUAUGCUCCAGGGGGCGAUCUCUAUAAGGAGCUUCAGAGGAACCAGACAUUAGAUGAGCAGCGUACAGCCACGAUAAUAGAGGAGUUGGCAGAUGCCCUGACCUACUGUCAUGAGAAGAAGGUGAUUCACAGGGACAUCAAGCCGGAGAAUCUCUUCCUGGGGUUCAAAGGUGAGGUGAAGAUCGCGGACUUUGGUUGGUCUGUGCAUACCCCUUCUCUCAGGAGAAUGACAAUGUGCGGGAAUCUGGACUACUUGCCCCCAGAAAUGAUUGAAGGGAGAACAUAUAAUGAGAAGGUGGAUCUGUGGUGUAUUGGGGUGCUCUGCUAUGAGCUGCUGGUGGGAAAUCCACCCUUCAAGAGUAGCACUCACAGCGAGACAUACGAACGCAUCCUCAAGGUGGAUUUGAGGUUUCCUCAUUCAGUGCCUGUGGGGGCCCAAGACUUGAUCUCCAAACUUCUUAGGUACCAUCCCUCAGAUCGGCUGGACCUGGCCCAGAUCCUGAAGCACCCCUGGGUCCUGGCCCACUCUCGUAGGAUCCUGCCUCCUGGUAGUCAGCCUGCUUCCUGAGCCCUGCCCCUUUGUGUUUAUUCAGGGAGCUUUCCAGGCUCUGUUACCUCAUCUGUCUUGUUUGUUUUCUCUUUGAAGAUGCUAAUUAAACCUGA